CUGGAGUUCAGUUCUUGACGGUGCAGCGUCGACUAAACACCUAUACAUUCCCAGAAUAAAAAUACACACACACACACAAAAAGAAGACAAAUACGUUUACUUUUCAGUUCUCAAGACAUUUUGAUUGACGCAAAAAUCAGAUAUGCCACUCUUGUCGUGUUGAAACGCGCGUUAUCAUUUUUAAUAUUUGGAAACUGGAUGAUCGUCCAGCCUUGAGUCGAGUGUUUACCGGUCACCUUCUAGCCCAGCUUCCAAACAUUAUAGACAACCGACUUUUUAAAGUUUCAGAGAUGGCAAUUGUUGUCUACUUGACAAUUCUCAGCUUAACGUGUCUCUCGGGCUUGGUCAACGGCGAGCUAAGCUCGUGUCAAGGUGCCGGCUUAAAAUACCUCAAUGGCGACGCUCUAUCGGGAUUGACCUCAUGUCUUGGACCGGAAAAUACCCCUUACCCCACAUCCGCCAUUGAACGCAUGUUCAAAUCAGACCGACGAGGUCGGGCAUCGCGUUUGGUCGAUCCCGCGGAAACGCAAAAGACGUUGCUCAAAUUUCACGAGGCUGCCAACUACGGCCACGACUCCAGUCAGUUGUUACAACGCCAAGCAAGGAACGUGUUUGAUCUGCCACAAUCGCAACAGCGUGCCGGCCCUACCGGCUGUUCAACUCCCGGUGGUCGUCUCUGCAAGACGCGGUACAAUACUACAGCACCGUUAUACGGUGUUUCAUUGACUUCCGGCCAGCCUGUCACUAUCGUCCAAAAAUUCCCGGAUCUUCUCCAGCAAGUCAUCUUUGAGGUUUGCGAUUCAGCCGAGUGUGACGUCGUGCACGGUGAGUGCGUCCAAACCUACGUUCCCUAUUUGUUUCUGGUUAUCCCGCUUGGACCGGUAACGCUGACCGGCCAAGAUUACGUCCUCGUCGAAAACGGCUGCGUCUGUCGUCCAAAGUACGCCCGCCCUAUUGGACUGCAGGAAUCCUCCUUGUCUGAAGUCCUCCCCGGUUUAAAUUGAUAUCAUUGUAUAUCUACAGCUGUGAAAAAAAACAAAAAAACAAAAACAAUAUUCUUCCAAGAAAGAUCCAUCUGCGAUGGAUCUUUCUUAUGUUAUGACGACAGCGCAACGGUGGUCAAUCAACCCUCGCGCCGAAUAAUUCCCGAUUUUCUAUUUAUCAUUCCCCGCACAUCUCAAACAAACAGAAGGACGAUCCAGUUCAAGCGUGUUCUCCAAUUUCUUAUUUACUAGAAACAUAACCGUAAUGCAAAAAAAAAAAAAUGUACAUAAUGAAAAGAUGUUUGUUGUCUCUUUGCUGAAUACAAAAAAAGAAAAAAAAAAAUCUUAAACCGGAAGUCUU